CGAGCUGCGCGGGCCGGAGCGGAACGAGGCGGAGGCGGAGCGCGGCGAUGUGCAGGAUGUCGUUCAAGAAAGAAACACCACUUGCCAAUGCUGCCUUUUGGGCUGCAAGAAAAGGAAACCUGGCUCUCCUCCAGCUGCUGCUGAACAGUGGACGAGUAGAUGUGGACUGCAAAGACAGCCUUGGCACAACAGCUCUGAUGGUGGCAUCUUACUAUGGCCACAUAGAUUGUGUGCGGGAAUUGGUGUUGCAAGGAGCAGAUAUCAAUCUGCAGAGAGAGUCAGGUGCAACUCCUCUGUUCUUUGCUGCACAACAAGGCCACAAUGAUGUAGUGAAGUUUCUCUUCUCAUUUGGAGCCUCCACUGAAUUUAAGAAUAAAGAUGGAGGUACGGCUCUUCUGGCUGCCUGUCAGUAUGGUCACGCAAAAGUAGUGGAAACUCUGUUGAAGCACGGCGCCAACAUUCACGAUCAGCUCUACGAUGGCGCUUCUGCAAUUUUCCUGGCGGCACAAGGAGGCUAUCUGGAUGUCAUCCGACUGCUGCUUUCUUCAGGAGCAAAGGUUAACCAGCCACGGCAGGAUGGGACAGCUCCCUUGUGGAUCGCCUCACAGAUGGGUCACAGUGAAGUGGUGCGAGUCAUGCUGCUCCGUGGUGCUGAGCGAGAUGCUGCGAGGGAUGAUGGUACAACUGCUUUACUGAAGGCUGCCAUUAAAGGAUACAACAAUGUAAUAGAAGAGUUGCUGAAAUUCUCUCCCACGCUUGGCCUGCUUAAGAAUGGGACCUCUGCUCUCCACGCAGCUGUCCUGAGCGGCAACGUGAGGACAGUGGCACUGCUCCUUGAGGCAGGAGCGGACCCAUGCCUGAGGAACAAGGCAAAUGAACUGCCAGCAGAACUAACAAAAAAUGAACGCAUCCUCCGACUCCUCCGUGCAAAGGAAAAGCAAAGGAAAAGCUAAUGCAGCCCUGUAGCAAAUGCAAUUUGACAGAGAUGUGCCCUGACCACAGCAGCAUGACAGUAAACCUAGGCUACCUGAGAAGGGCUUGUUGGAACAGUUUCAGAACUGAUUAGCCUCUCCGGUACAUGCUCCCUGAAUGCACGAUGCCCUUGCCAUAGGGUCACCACAGGCUAAGGCCUCCGCCUGGCAUCACUAGACGCAGGACUAUGACAAGAGCAGGGUCAGUCCAGGAGCUGCAUUUGCACUGCAGCCCUGCCCGUAGUCCAGGAUCCCACCACUCCCAGCACCAAUGUUUGCUCCUCCACGCCUCCAGCAUACACAUCCCCACACAGGCGAGCAUUCCUGCUGUUUCAGACACGCAUCCCCAUGGCCACAUACCUGUAACAGGUGCCUGGGGGUGCAUGUGUGGGUUGGGAGCACUCGGCCCUUGUGCCAGAAGGAUGCCCAGACCUUGCAGCUCUUUGGAUUCAGAUGGUCCUGGCACGGCCCCACGGUGCUGCUGCCCUCCCUUUGCUAACAGUGCUAGCUCAGAUCAUUCCUCUCUACCUCCAAGUGCCACGUGAGGCUAGAGGUGAGAUCCUGCCUGCAAUAUCAAAACAGGAAAAGUCCUCCUGCCAGCCCAGGGUUUUGGUAACAUUUUUGCUACUACAUGAAACUCCAUAAAAAUGAUCAAGAGCAUUACGAAUGAUGCCGAAAGCUAUCAACCAAACAAAAAGCAAGGAAAUGUCCUCUCAGCCGUAGCAUCUUGAUCUGUCAGUCUGUCCAGCAACAGAAACACGGUGGAGCAGUUGAUUUUGCAAUGCCUAUGCAGUGCUGUGGGGAUCCAUCCCCAACCUUACAGUCUGCAUAUGUGCAUUUUUCUGGGUAGGGGAGGACCAGUUAUUGAGCAAACCAACAAGGACAUAAAUCCACUGGCACAAGUACAUCAGAAAUUUAGCUGUUGGGCACAACAAACAGUACAGACACUAUACAGGUGGUAUACAUAUGUUCUGCACCCACAGAUAUGUGACACUAUGGUUUAGUACCCACAGCUACUAUGCAACACACUUGUUCCACAGGUCUGU